CGAACCCACCAAUAAUAAGGGAAACGCCCACCACCACAUCAACUUUUGACCUUGUACGACUGUAUCUCUUUAUUAACCAAUCACAGUUUAAUGUUCAUUGUAAAACAAUUUUGGCUUGUUGACUCAUUUUUCCUAUACUCUAGCUACUGUUCGGUAUGUUAUUUGUCUCUGUUUUUCUCUGUAUUAAUAGACCGUACUGUUUGUUUGUACGCUAACGAUGUUAAUUUAUGUUUUAGAAACAGAUAAAGUUUAUAUAGCCAAAUAGCUUACUUGUUCUGACUUUGGCUAAACCAAGACUCUGUACUCGACAGUCUAGAGAUUAGCUUAGAGUUGAAUCUGUGGGAAAUUGUUUCCUACAAAGUUUCGAACAGUAGAUUCGAUAUACCUACCGAAAAGACUUCCAAUAAACACUACGAUUCCGAUGAGAUUCCAGAAUUAUCACCACAUCAUUCAGGAGUUUAUGACGAGGAUCAACUUGGAAAGAACGAACUCAAAAACAACAGCAUGAUAGAACUAGAGAUAGCUAGGUUGCACAUAACCCAGUUAGAAAAGGAAAUUGAACUAGAAAAAUUACGCUGCCGGAGAUGUGAAGGUUCCGGCCAAUCAGUAAGCAACAGUGAGAAUACAAUAUUAAAAAAUCUGUAUUUACCAAAAAGAGAAGUCAUAAGGUUUGAUGGUACACCGACAAAUUAUUGGAAUUUCAUUAGAAAUUUCGAAGAAUGCAUUGGGAGUGAGAAUAUUGGAUUUAGAGCUAAGCUAAAUUACUUGAUUCAAUAUUGUGACGGAGAAGCGAAAGCCGCUAUCCUUCAUUGUACUAUACUAGAACCAGAGAUAGGUUACCAUCAAGUCCUAAAGCUUUUAGAAGAAACGUUUGGCCAAAAACACGUCGUAGCACGCACGUUUAUCGAUAAUUUGUUAAACUUUCCCAAUAUAAGGAGAAAUCAACCAGAUGGUUUGAGAAGACUAUCUCGAGAAAUGCAAGCAUGUAGUUUGACUCUCGAACAGAUGAAUUACGUUUCUGAUUUGAACUCUUCUAGAACUAUUGAAACUAUGGUUCUGAAAUUACCAACCUACAUUCAACAAGAGUGGCUAAAGGUAGCUUAUAAGAUUAUCAGAGGAGGCAGAGAGCCUCUGUUCACUGAUCUUGUUGAGUUUGUAAAGGAGCAAGCUGAUAUAGCUAAUACUAGAUACGGCCUACUCGUCAACCGCGGUAGUAAUAGUGACAAUAGAGAUGUUGGCUUUUUUUAAAAGGAAAAUUAGUACAGAUUACAAUGCAGCAAGAAUAUCUUAUGCGAGUGCUAGUGAUGAUAAUGCUCUCUUACGCAGUUCAUCUUGUUUGGAGUGCUCCAGUAAUCAUUCUUUAGAUCAAUGUCAGAAAUUUAAAGACAAGAAUGUUAGAGAAAGGAAGGAAUUCGUUCUUAGACACAAGUUGUGUAAUGUAUGCCUGAAGGCAAACCACGUAGCAAAAAACUGUCGAUCGCCGAGGUCGUGUGCUGUCGAAGGGUGUGGCUGGAGACACCAUACCCUGUUACAUGAGUUGCGGGAAGAACCAAGGAAUACUAAUAUUGAUGCACACAUUAACACCCAGCUAUGUACGGAGAAAAGUGUUGAGAGUGUACAGAAACAAGCAGCAUUCGCAAUAGUGCCUGUACUGGUAAGAAAUGGAGAAAAGGUAGCACAGACUUGCGCCUUCUUAGAUAGUGGGUCGGAUGCCUCUCUUAUUACAGAAGAUCUAGCUAAAAGGUUGAAUUUAGAAGGAGAGCCUAAGACGAUUUCGUUGAAAACGUUGGAUAACCAUUCCACAAUUCAGUGUAAAGAGGUUCAACCAGAGGUUUCAUCCUUAGACUCGUCUUCGUCAUUUAGAAUCCCAAAUGUAUGGACAGUCGAGAGAUUACCUAUGUUGCGCAGGACGGUACCAACGACAUCUCAAAUGAAAUCCUGGACGCAUUUAAAAGACAAGUUUUCCUAGAGUAGAGGAUGAGAAUGUCGAACUGUUGAUCGGGUGCAACGCACCGAGUGUACACGAAAUGAAAGAGGUAAGAACUGGAAAGCCGAAUGAACCAUUCGCCGUGAAGACUCCGUUAGGUUGGACGCUGUUCGGUUCCUAUCGGGAACCCUGUAAAAGCAAUCGUGUACUCAAUCACCUCUCAGCUAAAGAGGAAUUAGAGGAUAAGUUUGAACAAUCGUAUUCAACUGAAUUCAAAGACCUACUUAGUCGUACUUCAUCGAUGUCUAUGGAAGAUCGUAUAGCAUUAUCAGAAUCUGCAUAGUGUCGCGGAGUAUACUCGUCCCGAAGAUGUCUCUCGUCAAGUUCAUUGUUCGUUUUUAUUAACUAAGUAUAAGGUUGUUAAGCCAAAAACUGAAGCAUCAUCUGCUAAUAAAUCCAAAUCAACUCUAAGAAAGCUUAAGGAAAAGAAGGACAUCAAACUGAAAGUGAAGACUACGAAAAGGCCGAAGACCACUGUAACGAAGAAGCCAGUAACUAAGACCCUGAAGAAGCAGGUAGCACAUAUUCGCCGUGGUAUCGAGGAUGGUGUUGAGAAAGACGCCCUUGUACGAGUUGUGAACAAGAGUAAGGGUGCAUCUGGUAGUUCUGUAGGAUCCAAUGCUAUUCUUAGACAGAUCAUGUGUAGUUGGAAUCAGAAUAAGAUAGUAAAUGCCCUUUUUGAGAGAGGUUGCGAAUGGCGCUUUAAACUUCCGAGGUCUAGUCAACGAGACGGUGUAUGGGGACGCAUCAUAAAGUCGAUAAGAAGAAUUCUGCGAUCACUAUGGUUGCAGAAGGUAUUGAUGGAUGAGUCUUCGAGAGACUUAGUGUUAUUAAACAAUGUUGGCUCACUGAGAAGUCUAUGGUCCAAAGCUAUUGUCGAACAAGUAAGCUAUGGCUUUGACGGACGAGUUCGUACGGCAAAAUUGAGAACCUCAAACGAAGAAACUGCUCGGGACGUACGACGCUUAUGUCUACUAGAAGGAGCCGGCUGUCUGACGGCGACGACGACCCUGGACAACGGAUGUGGUGCGCGUUUCAGGGGGAGGAUAAAAUGUGAUUGAUAGACGAACCCACCAAUAAUAAGGGAAACGCCCACCACCACAUCAACUUUUGACCUUGUACGACUGUAUCUCUUUAUUAACCAAUCACAGUUUAAUGUUCAUUGUAAAACAAUUUUGGCUUGUUGACUCAUUUUUCCUAUACUCUAGCUACUGUUCGGAUAUCGUUGAUGAAUUCGAUUGUUCUGAUUAAUUUAAUAAUCAUUUCUAAGCAACUAUUUUUGAUGAACUCAAUCUGUUAUAUCCCGAUAAGAAAAGGAGAUGAUCAGUGAUUUAUAAAAAUAACAUUUAUAGUUGAAUGAAAUCGAAUGAAUAGAUGAUAGGCAAUUAUGAAUGAUGGCUAACAGUGUAAUUUAGGAUGUGAGUUUCGUCCAAUUUGUGACUUGUCAGCUGGAUUUACCUGCAAUACAAAAUGAAUAAGUACUAUAAUAAUUUGAUAUUUCAGUAAUACAUAACGCUUAUAUAAAAUUUAACAUCUACGCUUAUGAAAUUUUUAAUAUCAACAUUGUGAAUGAAAUUUGAAAUGACUAUAAGUAGUCUACUCUGACGUGGAUCACAUGUUGUUCUUGUUUUUCAUUCUAUUCAAUACAUUCAAAUGGAUUUUGACCAUCCAUAUUUAUGUUAUAAUUAUAAUUCAGAAUAAAUUAAAACUUUCAUUUAUUAGCUUAGUUUUAAAACUUAUUUACUUUAUCUAAUUAAUAUUUAUAUAACAGUAAACGUAAUAGUGUCAUUGUUGUAUACUUGUUAAUAAACAUUAUGUUUGUUGUAUGUAAAGGUUUCUAUUUUUCCAUUGUUGAUAUCCAGUACUAUAAUUGACUAAUGUUAGUUAUAAUAUUUAUAUUUUAAAUAAGUGUCUUCAUAAAUUUGGAUUACGGCUAGAAGUGGUAUCCUGAACUGACUUUUCGUUCGAAAGUAAUAUGGAAGGUUUUGAUUGAGAUCAUGAACCGAUUGAUGUUAGACUACCAGUGAAAACCUGGAAGCACUGGAAGACCGCUUCGUUCCAGUAUGUGACUCCUCAGCAGUGCACAUCCACGAGGCUGAAGGCCCUGGGUUCAAACCCUACAAGUGGGAUCUUGGAUGCGCACUGCUGAUGAGUCCAGUGCAUUCAGGUUUUCAAUGUUGGUCUCACACCAAUCAGUUCAUGAUCUCAACCAAAAUCCUAAUAAUCAUCACAAUCCUAUACUGAUAAUAUGGAAGUAUUGAAAUAAAUAUAAAAUUAUUAAAAAAACGGACAAUCUCUUUUGAAUCUAAACACAAAAAUUUGAUGUAGAAAAAUCAAAUUAGUAGAGUAUAUACUUUAAAAAAUCGUCAUUAUCUUUAUUACCCUGUAAGAAAUGUGUCAAAACGUCAUUAUUGAAGUAUACAGGAAAUAUUCCGUUUAAGCAUAUAAAUGUGAGUUUAUUUUAAUGACAGUUUUUAGGUCAGUUCGAUACCUUUGUGUUGACCAUUUUUAUACAUAGAUGAAAGGGAUAAAAAACUAUAUAGGAAAUAAUAGAUAUCAGUGUAUACAGGCUAACAGUGAAAUAUUUAUCAAAAGAGGUGUUAAUGUCUAACUUGAACGAAUGCGCGAAAUUGAGCGACCAUCUUCCAUUAUAACAAAAUAGAUACCUAUCUUUGACACAGAUUAGCUCCAUUAGUCACGGCUUCUCACUAGAACUGCAAGAAUUACUUCACGAUACUAGUCACUAGUGAGUACAUGGUAUUUAUCAGUAUGAGGUAGUAAAGAUUGUUGCGUUUUUAAUUGAGAUCAUGAAUCAAUCAAUGUUAGAUCACAAUUGAAAAUAGAUGAUAAUACUGAUAAAAUGUAUGUACUCAAUUACUUAAUGCUGAAAAUUAUAAUCUCCUCUACACAAUAGUUCUUUUGGGUUAAUCGGUUGAUAAAUACACGACAACAAGAGCGGGCUGCUUGAGCAUCUGGGCUACCUGUUCUUGCCAUCUAGAUAUUUCAACAAGUUAUCUAUUUUUGUUUGUUUUAAUAUAUCAUUAUGUUUGUUAAUCGCAUGACCUAUUCUGCUGCGUUU